CACUUCCUUCCAACUCCCUUGAGAAAACAAAAGAAAAAGAACCCUAGCCCGAAGUACGUAAGAGCCCUAAUCUCUACUAUGUUCUUCCCCAUUACCAUGCUAAUUACACCACGACCAUUAUGGAUCAAGCCAAGCGCCUCCUCUGUACCCACGACCUAUGGAACCCUUUCAAUACAACUUUUGUACAGACCUGCGGCAUGCUCCUCGUCUCCCAGAUCUUCCACGUCAUCCUCAAGCCCUUCGGCCAGCCCGGCCCCGUCGCCCAGAUUCUGGCAGGAUUGGUGCUGGGACCGUCACUACUGUGCAAAAUCGACCGGAUACGGCAGAUAUUCAUCCAGCCGGCGUUCGAGGACUACAGCUUCCUGCUCCUCUUCGUGUUCCGCAUCCUCUUCAUGUUCACCAUCGGGCUGGAGGCCGACCUGCCCUACAUCUGCCGGAACUUCCAGCGGAUCGGCGUGAUCGCGGCCUGGAACGUGGCCGUGUGCGCCGCCUUCGGUGCCGCGGCCUCGUUCUUCGUCAUCAACGUGCUCAAGGUGACGGCACACAGGCUGGCGUUCGCCAACGUCAUCAUGAUCAUCGUGGCCAGCGUGGCGUCCCCCGUGGUGGUCCGGCUCGUGGCCGAGCUGAAGUUCGACACGGCGGAACCGGGGAGGCUGGCGAUCAGCGCGGCGCUGUUCAUGGAGCUGUUCUGCAUCACGUGGUACUCCACCUACCUGGCAUUCAGCUCCGGGAAGAUGUUUGGGUUCGCGCUUGUUUGCAUCGUCGGGACUGGGAUCGUCGCCUACGCCAACAGAUACCUGGCCAACUGGUGCAACAAGAGGAGGAGGCACAUGAAGUUCGUGCCGAGCACGGAGAUGUCGGGGAUCCUCCUCCUCGUCAUCCUGCUCUCCUUCAUGAUCGAGAAGUUAGGGUUCAACAGCAUGAUCUCCUGCUUCCUCGUCGGCGUGGCUUUCCCCAAGGAAGGCAAGACCACCAGGACCUUGCUCCAUCGUUUGACCUACGCGGUCAACAACUUCAUCCUUCCCAUUUACUUCGGCUUCAACGGCUUCAGGUUCGACGUCAACUACCUCAUCAACGUCAGGAACUGCAUCGUGGUGGCGCUGCUGAUACUGCUGAGCAUGGGCGGGAAGAUCAUCGGCACGCUCUGCGCCUGCCAUUACCUCAACAUCCCCAGGAAUGAAGCCGUGGUGCUUGCUUUCAUUCUCAACUUGAAGGGCCACGGCGAGCUUCUUGUCAUCGAAGCUUUCUCCAGGUCAGAUGGACAGACAUGGUGGGACGACAACACACACAAGCUAGUGAUCAUCAUAGUGGUGAUCAACACCCUAAUAGCCGGUCCAGUGGUUUCCUUCAUCCUCAAGCGCGACAGGAAGUACUUCGCCCACAAGCUCACCUUCUUGGAGUUCCUCGACCCUGAAAAUGAGCUCCGCUUCCUGGCCUGCGUCUACGAGUCCCGCCACAUCACCUCCAAGCUCGGCCUCAUCGCCACCAUGACCGGCUCCCAACGCUCCCCCACCGUCCCCUACCUCGUCCACCUCGUCGAGCUCCAAAAACGACACCGCCGCAAGAAGAAACUCAUGUACCACGAGCUUCAGGACGGCGACCAGUUCAGCGACGACGACGAGUACGGCGGCAACGACAUCAUCGAGAUCAACGACGCCGUGGACGCGUUCACGACCGACAGCAAGAUCCUCGUCCACCAGAGCAAGGCCGUCUCCUGGUUCCCCAAGGUGUACGAGGACGUGUGCUCCACCGCCGAGGACCUGCGCGUGUCGAUCGUGUUCCUCACGUUCCACAAGCACCAGCGGCUGGAUGGGAAGCUGGAGAACGACAAGGACGGGGUGAGGAUCGUGAACCAGAAGGUGAUGCGCCACGCGCCCUGCUCGGUCGGGAUAUUCGUGGACCGUGGGCUCACCGGGUUCCAGCUCCCGAGCCCGGAGCUGGUCCAGAACGUGGCCAUGUUGUUCUUUGGUGGGCCCGACGACAGGGAGGCACUGGCCUGUUGCAAGAGGAUCGCCGUGCAUCCGUACGUGAACUUGACGAUCAUUAGAUUUCAGUCGGAGGGUCAGCCGAAGAAUCAGCAGGUGCAUGAUAGGAACGGUGAGGAAGAGGAGCAGCAUAUCUCGAUCUCCAGCCAUGAGGUGGAUAUGGCCAUUGAUAAUGUUUUCAUGGAGGAUUUUUGCAACAGAUAUGUGACGUCAGGGAAGGUGAAGUACAUGGAGAAGAAGACGGAGAGUGGAGAGGAAACGGUUGAGAUACUGAAAGAGAUAGGUGAGAUGUAUUCACUGUUCAUAGUAGGAAAAGGCGGCCGAGGGAAUUCUCCGAUGACCACGGGGAUGAGCGAUUGGGAGGAAUGUCCGGAGCUAGGGGCCGUCGGAGACAUUCUGGCUUCUGCGGAGCUUAAUUUGGGUGCUUCCAUUUUGGUCAUUCAACAACAUAGAAAUGCUACCGAAGGGCACGAGGAUAACGAGCAUCCUGUUCUAGAUGACGACGAUUGAUAUAUAUGGUCAUGAUGAGGAUUAGGGUUGUCUUUUCUUCUUCUUCUCGGUUUUUGUCCUUUUCAUCAUCCUUUUUGUUUUCUUCUGGAUUCUUAUCGAUUGUCAAUGAAGUAGCUGUAGAUUAAUUAGCUGAUAGAUUAUACGGUAGUAGUGUAUGUUUGAAUCCGGAGAAAAGAAAAGAAGAGUUGAU